AUGUCCAAAAACUUGACCCUCGCUAAUUCGGACGGGUCGCUGCCAGCACCUCCGUCUAGCGUAACCAUAUCAGGCGGUGCCGAAGUUGCUGUUGGCGACUUUGUGUAUAUGACGCCCGAGUACCCCGAGGAGCCGUACUAUAUUGGGCGAGUCAUGGAGUUUGCGUACGUUUCGCGUGUGCGGCAACCCAAGCCACUGGUGUCGACCUUAGUACAGUCAAAAGACGAGCGCAUUCCUUCAUCAGUGCAGCUGCGGGUUCGUCUGGGGUGGUUCCAGCGGCCACGCGACCUGCCCCUGACGCGUGUCCGGGCCAAGGACACGCGUUUGCUGGUGGCCACGAUGUACUCGGAUCUCAACCCAGUAUCGGCGAUCAAGGGCAAGUGCUUUGUGCGGCAUACAUCGGAGAUUGCGAACCAGGAUGUGUGGAAGGAGCAGCCGCACCACUACUACUACUCGCAGCUGUUUGACCGGUACAGCACGCGGCUCUACGACAUCAUCCCGGUGUCACAGAUCCGCAAUGCGCCGCAGGAGGUGUUGCAGAAGCUGCACGACACCUACCAGUUCAUCUUCGCCGAGAACCAAAAGAUCACAGAUCUGAUCAACAUGCGGCGGGCGUGCAUCGUGUGCGCCAAGUGGUGCAGCAUCAGCGAGUCUCUCAAGUGCUCUGUCUGCGAAAAGCACUACCACAUGCAGUGCCUGGAUCCCACCGAUAACGCGCAAGCCCAGCAAGGGGCCAGGCGGCUUAGGGAGUCAGCAGACGUUUCCACCGACGAAGCUCCAUCUGACACCAACGAAAAGCGGACUACCCGGCAGCAGGCGAGUAAUGACGACCACGUAAUCGCGCUGCGCUCAGCCCAUGCCCAAACUCAGGCUAAUGCGUCAGACAAUGAGUCCCGCAGCACACAGACGGAGCCGGGAACACCGGUGCCGCGGCCCAGGAACCUUGGGCUGUGGCCGUUCCGGUACUUUGGGAUAAACACAAACAUCGAUGAUGUGUUGCAUGAUGAUGAGCGGAUCUACCCACGCGCCGUCAGCCGCAUCGGGCCCAAGUACCAGGCCAUCAUCCCCGAGAUGGCACUGACGCAGAAGCGCACGGACUACAUGGCCAAGCGUGGUCUCACUGAGAUGUCGUCGUUGCGCGAGAGCCUGCAUGGUAGCGGCAGACAUGGGGGGCACCGCGGCAAAGACAUGGGCAAGGGCCAUACAAAGAACGCUGAGCAGCUCGAUCGUGUCUGGGACGAGAUCGAGAUUCGCCGGGGCAACCACGACGAGCAGCUGUUCUUCCGGCAGCCGCCGUACCUGCCCGAUGACGAGCUGGACAUGUACAUCAAAUCGAUCGUGCCGUUCCUGCGGCGGCACUUUGAGCCGAUAACCGACUUCACAAUUCUCGACUGCCAGGAUGCGGCGCUGCACGGGCUGUCAAUCCACAACUAUGACGUUGAGGAGGCGCUGAUUCUAAUCCCAGAGUCGCCCGAGAGCUACAUCCGACCGCGCGCGCCUGGCGACAUCUGGACAGCCGAGACACUGUCCAGGUUCGACGAUAGUUUGCGCGAAUACGGUUCCAACCUGCAGUCCAUCCAUAACGGUAUGCGCGAUACCACCCGGCGUGCUAUCACACUACACUACUACUUGGUUCGGCACAGCUCGCGCGGCAAGCACCUGCUGGAGGCGUACGAUAACCGCAGCCAUGCUGGCCUCCGUCGACCCAACCUAGGCCAGGGCGAGAGUGCCGGGAAUGUGCACCACGAGGUGUCGUCAGAUGCCGGCGUCAGCAGCGUGGAUGUGCCAGCCAGUACACCGCAGAGCUCGGGCAUGGUUACCCGAGACCACUCGGUGAGCCGCGAUACCGACUCAUCGGCGACGCAGACGCGUUGCCUGAACUGCCAUCGCGAGCGCGCUUCCCGCUGGUUCCCUGCCCCCUUUGAGCUGAUCGGAUACAAUACGCGCAGCUCCAAGGCCUCGGGCAUGCGACGUCUGGUGUGCGGCGAUUGCCGGGACUACUGGAACUACUACGCAACUAUGCCCGACCAGGACACCAUUAAUGCGCGCAAGCAUAUUGUCCAACACCAGACAGGCAAUGGCCACAGCAACAGCAGCGCGUCACAGCACCCCCACCAGCUGUCGAGGGCUGCCAGAGCCGAGGAACGCAGCAGAGCCAAGGCCCGCGCCCAGCCAGCAGCUGUGGUAGCCAGGCCGCGCAACUCGGACCUCUGGCCACUGGUCGCCUGCGCGUUAUGCACAGCGCCCACCGACUCGAGCCAGCCGGCGAUGGCGUGCCAGGACUGUGGCAUGUGCGUACAUAUGGGGUGCGCUGGAUAUCAUGGUGCCCAGACCAAGCUAGCUGCCCGCCGCUGGCGCUGCGCUGUGUGCACCAACCUCAACAACCCGGCGAUCUCGAUCAACUACACGUGCAUUCUGUGCCGCAAGGAGGUCGACGUCAGCGACGGCCCGAAGCCCAUGAUGUGGCGCACCAGCGGUAACAACUGGGUGCAUUCCAUCUGUGCUCUGGCUGUGCCCGAGACAACGCUCUUUAUGGUCAACGGUAGCAUCGUCGUCAAUGCGAUCCCGACGAUCCCCGAGAAGGCCUGGCACAAGCCAUGCGGUGUCUGCCCGCAGCCCGACGGCGCUAUCUUCAUCGACGAGGAAUCCGAUGAGCAGAAGCCCGUGCUCGUCGCGCGUGCCCGUGGCCGGACGAUACUUGCCCGCGACGUGCUCAAAGAUAUCUCGGAGUUUGUGGCUGGCGGCGGCAAAAUCGAUAUUGCCUUGCAGUGCGUCACCCACGCAGAUAUCGGUAGCGAUCGCGAUAUCGACCUGCGUGCCACGGAUCCCUUAGGCCGGUCCGUUUUGUCAGGGGUCGUCUCGACAAAGCUUGUGUCGACGCCGCAUGCCCGCGGUGCCAUGCUGCAUUCGUCGCUGAUUAAAUCGCGCAACGCAAAGAUGCCGGCUGUGUCCAAAUCGUCAUCGGCUGCCAGCAGCCGGAGCAGCAGCAAGCGUGACGCGACGGGGAAGACAGUCAAAGUGUCUGUGGAGUGGCAGAAAAACCUGGAUCCCGUGUGCGCUCACUGUGCGUCCAGCGUGUCGCCGAUCUGGUGGCCGCUGACAACGGGCGGUUCAACACGCCGCUCGCACAGCAGUGUCAGCGUCCUGUGCCACCGCUGCCAUUCGUCCCACGCCAGCCAACCGAACGCAUCGAAUGUUGCUUCUUAA